UCCUCUUUCCCUUGACCUCCCUCCACACACUCCGGUGGCCAUUCGCCUACCGCCGACGGAGAAUCGAACCACUGCCGUUUGAUCUGCUCCCUAUUUGCUCCCACCGCUAACCUUAUUGAAUCUCGUCCAAAUCUAAUUAGCGCCCUUGCGGAAAUAUCGACGGUGUGGAAGGUUUUCCGUUCCAGGACUUAUGAACGAUGCAGUUGGGAUCUGAAAUUGGCGGAGGCGAUUGCGAGGAAUGAUGACGAGAAAGUCUUUGGAAGAAAAAUGAUUUUCAUUCUAUUCCAAGGGAAGCAAACAUUGCGUCGCAGAGAGAAAGAGGAAUGUCUUCAACUGCUAUGGACGAUGUUGAUCGCUUAUUCGCGUGCUUCAAGUGCGGUUUAUCUCCUCCUCAAUCUGCUGUGAGAGAAAGAAAGAGAACUAAAAGCAGAUUGGAUCAAGGAAGUUCAACACAUAAGAUCUCACCACAUUCUGACCUUCUAUCUCCCAAAUCGGUUGUAAAAGAGCGGAAAAGUCCCACUACAUCCACCAUUUCUCCAUCUGGCCAAGCAAUAGGCGUGCAGUCUUCCAUUGAGAAAAUUAAAUCAGUUAUAGCUAAAGCAAAUGGUUUUAGUCACGGGAAACAUGUCUCUCCCGUUGUAUUUUAUGGAUCUCCACAUGGAGUACCUCCCAAAAGACCAGUUCGUUAUUGGCGCUUGCUACAUGAGAUACGUCUUGAUCUUUUUGAGAAAAAUAAAUCAGGUUCAAGGGAGGAAGUAUGGGUUACAUUCCCAAGGCAGGAUGAAGCAAUGGAGUUUGCCAAAGGGCAAGACCAUGUUCGUAUCUUUAGUUAUCAAGACCAUUUUAGUGGACAAAGAAGGUUCCUUGCAUCUACGUAUACAGAGUUUUGGAGAAGGUACAAAAAUAUGGAUUCCAAAUUGCGUCAUCAUUAUGAAGUGAUUCAAGAGGGUUUACCAUGUCACCUUUAUUUUGAUUUGGAGUUCAACAAGAGAGUCAAUCCCGGGAAGGAUGGGGAUGAAAUGGUGGAUCUCUUGAUCACAGUAAUUCUAGAGGCCUUAAAUGAAAAAUAUUUUAUCUGCGGAGACCCAGAAUGGAUAGUAGAAAUGGACUCUUCAACUGAUGAGAAGUUCUCUCGACAUCUAAUUAUGCACAUACCAAAAACUGCUUUCAAGGAUAACUCUCAUGCAGGAGCAUUUGUUUCUGAAAUAUGCUCACGAGUUCGAAAUGCAAGGGGAAAAGAUGAAAGAUUUGAAAAUCUGUUUGUCAAGAAGGAUAGCUCUGAUGAAUGUUCAAGCCAGCUUUUUGUGGACACUGCUGUAUAUUCUCGGAAUCGUUGCUUCCGUCUACCUCUAUCAUCAAAAGCAGGAAAAAGUUCUGUGCUUGUACCAUCUGGUCGAUAUAAGUGUAAGAACCUGGGUGAAGAGGAGAUGUUCAUGGCAUCAUUGAUUUGCAAUAUGGAUGCUGACUGCAAAAAGUAUUUAGUUGGGAAAACUGAGUCCAAUUGUGUGAAGACAUUAUAUUAUGAUACAGAGGUGAAUUAUAAUCAUGAACACUGUCAUCAAUAUCGCCCAGAAUUUACAUCAAAUAGUUGUGAAAGCGACAUUCCAGAAGCAUACUUUGUGGGAAGAUCACCAUUCCCAUUUCUAGAUAAAUUUGUAGAGUCCAUUGCCUCUGUUGGGAAUAUAUCAGGGAAAAUUCGAGCCUGGUAUUGGUUCUCAGAAUUUGGGCUGAUGGUAUAUAGCAUGUCAAGGAAUCGAUAUUGUGAACGAAUUGGGAGGGAGCAUAAAAGCAAUCAUGUGAUGUAUGUUGUUGAUCUAAGAAGUGCAAUGUAUUAUCAGAAAUGUCAUGAUCCGGACUGCAGAGGUUAUCGAUCUCCCUCGCGACCCCUACCAGUUGAUGUAAUCUAUAAAUCUUCAGUUGAAUUUAAUUCAUUUGGGAUGGUUGAUAAUGGGCAGUCAAUAAAUGAUGAACGAAGGCAUCCACUUCUUAACAAUGAUCAGGCACGGAAAUCCCCUUCCUACAAUGACAAUAUCACGGACAGUCCCAGUGGUUCUUGGUGGCUAGAAGCAUUAAAAGCUGUUGAAAAAGUUGAGAAUAAGCAAAAGAAGACCGAACUCAGCACUAUGCAGAUCAUUGAUGACGAAGAUGAAGAAUGGUGGCUGGCAGUGGAAAAGACAGCCAGGCAGGUUGAAAUGGCAUUCAAAUGACUCAUUCUAGCACUAGUAAUGGAGGUAAGUUGUGUUGCCUUUCAUGGUUUGUGUUAUGUUCAAUGUAUUAUGCGUGGGUCGUGGCAUGUGGUGGAUAUAUAUAUAGUGCCUCUAACCUUUACACACUGUCAUGAAUAUUUUUACUUAUGGUUGUCUACAACAACAAGCAAUCUAUGGUUCUUGAGACCAUCCCGAAGCUUAUGUAAAGGCAUUCUUUUUGAAGGAAUGAAAAAAUAGUUUCGUCAUCGUGUAAUUUGAAUGUAAAUAUCAUCUAAUUUUGUAAGAUUUUGCUCUCUUGUAAUGAAGAUUACAAUAUGCUUGAUAUAAAUAAGGAAUAAGUAGUUCUUUUGGCUA